AUGCCAAGGUCUCCUCCCACCAAGGGGGACCUGAUGAAGCCUCUGCUCACCUGCAACUACCCCUCUUGGGACUGCCUGCCCCUCAAAGGACCUGUGCCCCUGCUUAUAUCUUUAAAAAGAAUAACAGUGCAUCUUGUAUUAUCAUUUAUCUGGAUAACCAUCAUUUUCAGUGCAACUCUGAUUAUCCUGGCAUAUUCAGAGAUGUAUACACCCAAAGUUCUUUUUGCUGUCAUACUUAAAAAGAGUACCAGGAAGAGAAAGAAAUGGAUGAAUGAGGGUAAGAAUACAGUCAACUGCCUUUUCGUCAAUUUGGCGCCGAAAGCGAAGAAGGAAGCUCCCGCCCCUCCAAAAGCCGAAGCUAAAGCGAAGGCCUUGAAAGCCAAGAAAGCAGUGCUGAAAGGCGUCCACAGCCACAAAAAGAAGAUCCACACAUCGCCCACCUUUCGGCGGCCCAAGACCCUGCAGCUAAGAAGGCAGCCUAAAUACCCCCGGAAGAGCGCACCCAGGAGGAACAAGCUUGACCACUAUGCCAUCAUCAAAUUCCCCCUGACCACCGAGUCAGCCAUGAAGAAGAUAGAAGACAACAACACACUUGUGUUCAUUGUGGACGUCAAGGCCAACAAGCACCAGAUCAAACAGGCUGUGAAGAAACUCUAUGACAUCAAUGUGGACAAAGUCAACACCCUCAUAAGGCCCGACGGAGAGAAGAAGGCUUAUGUUCGGUUGGCUCCUGAUUAUGAUGCUCUGGAUGUUGCCAACAAGAUCGGAAUCAUCUAA